AUGAAGUUCCUUUGUGUGACAUUGGCCUUUUCCGGUAUCACUACAGCAUUUUCUAUUCCAAGAGGCGACGGUGGCAGCGGCAGCGGCAGCGGCAACAACGACGACGACGAAAAAGACAACAGCCGUGGUAGCUUGUUCAAUACUGAGGGCUGGAAAAAGUGGACGCAGUUCCAAGGCAGACCGGGUGCCUCAAGGCCCGAAGACAAGGAAUUCAACCCCCUUGAGCAUCUCGGUGCGAACAGUCCAUGGUUUGUAGGUCCGAACGUCUUCGGUAUCAAUGCAAGCACUCCGGAUGGUUGUGAAGUCGACCAGGCAGUAUACAUAAGUCGACACGGCAGCCGAUAUCCCGACCCAGGGGCUUACGACGAGUGGGUCGAGUUGUACGACAAGUUCCAAGCCGCGCCAUUCACGGCGACGGGGUCACUGGAAUUUCUUCCUAACUGGGAGCCGGUGCUGGACAAUCCUGAGCAACAGGAGCGGCAAUUAUCUCCUGGAGGGUAUGACGAACUGUAUCACUUCGGAGUUGAGUUGCGAACUCGAUACCCUGGGUGGUACAAAUACGGCAGUCCCUUCCGAGUAUGGGCCAACGACUACCAGCGGACUGUAGACUCAGCAAGACUCUUUACCAGAGGAUACAUUGGACCAAACGCGACGUCUCUCGGCCGUGUCUACCCUAUCUUGGCCACAGAUCCGUCUGUGGUGGGUAAUUCACUGGCUACCUCGGACGCAUGCACAACAUUCGAGGACAGUUCCGGCUCGGACUAUACCAAUGUUUGGGACGACAUCUACCUCCCUCCGAUUGCGGCACGCUUGAAUAAACUCAUUCGGGGGAGCCUCAAUCUCACCGCCAGCGACGUCAGCAACUUCCCCUAUCUCUGCGGAUUUGAAAGCCAGAUCAUGCGUAGUGUCAGCCCUUUCUGUGACGUGUUCACCGAAGAAGAAAUCAUGCAGUAUGAGUAUCGACAAGACUUGCGCUAUUGGUAUGGUACCGGCCCUGGGGCCUUAAACAACGCGUCCGUCAUGCUGCCUGUCAUACAGGGAGUGGUUGAUAUUUUGACUUCUGGGCCUGAGACACAAGUCAAAGGCUCGACUGAUGAUGGCACAGGCGAGCUGGGACCGCUGGCAGUAGCAUUCACGCACGACAACCAAAUCAACGAGUUGGUUUCGUGCUUGGGCAUUUUUGAUAACCAGCCUGCUUUAUCGGCCCAGUCGAUGAAUGAAUCAAGGAUUUAUGUUUCGAGUCGGAAUAAUCCCAUGAGAGGAACAGUCGCAUUUGAGAGACUUAAUUGCUCUGGCAAACUCCACAUACGUAUCCUCCUCAACGACGCCGUUUAUGUUGUCCCGGCCUGUCGUUCUGGACCAGGCGCGUCCUGCCCGUUGCAAGAAUACAAUGACCGAAUCCUGGCGCGGAAAUGGAAAGAGGUGGGCUCGUUUGCGUCCUUAUGCGGCCUUGCAACUGGGAAUGAUUCGACUUCAAGGACUGGGGGGGUGACUUUCUUCACUGAUUUGACGUUGCCGGCUAUCAGGGUGGUCGAGCCGUAA